CCUUUGAUCAUUCAGUUGAAGACACUGUGUCGGCAUUUCAAACGCCAAACCCAGAAAGAAGAGAGAGUGGUAAUCACGGAGCCAAGGAAAGGGGACCUGCAUACUUGUCAGUAGUAUGAGAUCAUCGCUUAUAGUCUGUCUGUUACUCGGAGCAAUCAUCAAGUAUGCAGUAACUGAGCAAGAAUACAUAUGCGGUGUAGGACCUCACAAUUACAAUAUCGACUCUCCAGCUUUUACAAUCUACCAGCUCCUAGAAAGACGCGUUAAUCUAACUAUUCCAUUGGCGGGCAACCAAUCAGAGUCAUUUAGAUGGGGUGUCUACGAGGGAAAUUCUAAAUUAGAACAUGAAAAAUUUCAUGUACUGCGUACAAAAGGAAUUAUCGAAACAAUCAAAACGAAUGUUAGUGUACUUCUACAAAACUCGAGUUACAACGGAAUUCAAAUCGAUAUCAUUCAAGUUGUAAAUAAUGAGACUAAACGUCGAGGGGUGCAUGUUACAAUUAACACUGGCGACUUUCCUGCUGUUGAGCAAGUAAACACAACCAUUUGUGACACUAGCAUUUCUGUGUGCGUCAAUAUCACUGGCAUUCCGCCUCCUUCUACUACAAUACAGACCCAAGAAGACGUCAGUAUGGCAGCUAAAAAUCAAACUCAGUUUUGUUCUACAUUUGACAAACCUAACGUUAUAAACAUUCUAACUGUCUUCAUUACUGCAUCCAAUUGUUUUGGAAGUACUACUGCAAAUGCAUCCAUCAGUUUCAUAAAUGAUAUUUCUCGUUGCAAUUUUACGACUUGUUCAGCUCUUGAAAGUUUCGCAUUAGAUCCUCAGCAGCUUGUUAAUACAGGAAGUGCUAUUUCGUGCAGAUUUUCGUCCGUCACUCAAAAUCAGUCUGUUUCUUUGAAACCCACCACUGAUUCGACAGACUACCUUACAACAAGUCCAACUACAUCAGAUAAACAAAUAGGAAGCCCUACAUCGAUCAAACGAACAAGUCCAACUACAUCAGAUAAACAAAUAGGAAGCCCUACAUCGAUCAAACGAACAAGUCCAACUACAUCAGAUAAACCAACAAGUCCUCUCAUGCAAGCAAGUUCAACUACAUCAGCUAGGCAAACAAGUUCAACUAAAGCAAAUCAACAAAAAUCAAGUCAGUCGACAACUUACCAACAGAGAUUGAGUCUAACUACAGAAUAUCGUAAGUUACCUACCCAACCAAUGUCCAGAGGAGCGUCUCCUCCACCUCAGAAAGAUUCUAGCUCUCAAGGAAUUCCUAUAUACAUUAUUGCUGCAGCAAGCGUUGGUGCACUAGUUUUGAUCGUCGUGAUCGUCAUCAUUAUUGUUUGCUGCAAACGAAAAUCAGCUCGCAAAAGAGAAUUGAACUCAGACCUUCAAACAACUGAACCCAUUUACACAAACAGUAAUACAGCAGUAUCUGCAUAUAGCAAUACUGCAGAAACAAAGUUUGGGGUAGAUGUGAACGUCGACGGUACCCCAUCCGAUUCAAUGACGUUUUUGCCGUCCAAGCAAGGUCCCAAGGCAAACGACGUGUUAUCGACUCCUCUCGAAGAAGAAUCUGCUGAACAAUCCAAACUCUCGACUUUUCUUUCUAACGUCGUUGAAACGCAUCCAGCUACUUCGGGUGAACCGCUACACCCAGACAACCAGGCAGCUGCACCCACUGACGAUGAUAGAAAAUCAACAAACCAGGAUUUGCCUCAAAACGAAGAGACAAGUAUGCAAACAACCUCUACAGUAAACCCAGUGGAGCAUUACGCUGUACCAAGUUGUUCCAACGGCUCUGGACCUCGGGAAACUUCGAAUCCACAGAUUCCUAUCCCGUUCUAUGACGUCAUUUCGUGUCGGAAGACCGACGAAGUGGAUGACGUCAACAAUGCGACGUUGGUUGAAUCUCGGGUAGAAUUCAACCAAGACGCGAAAAAUAAAAAGGGGACAUUCAAAACAGCAGAAGAAGGCGGAUCUUUUCAAGUUACUACACUUUAUGCUACAGUAGACAUGGCCAAGAAAACAACCAAAGAAAAAUCUCCACCAAAGACGAGUGAUGUUCAGUAUGCAGAGUUAGAAACGAGUUUUUCUGGGUUGAUCCAACAGCUACUAGCAAAACCAAGUGUCGUAUAUUCUGAAAUGAAUUCUGAGCAACCACCGCCCAGAAACGACGAACAGAAACACUGAAGAGACUGAGAAACGCAAAUGUUCCAUCAACAGUUUAACAUUCUUCAUACAUUAACUAGUGGCUGUUUAGUUGGUUUCAGUUUCAAGCAUUUAUUUCUAAUUUUUGCAUAACAUUUUUAGAUUUUUUGAUUGUCGACUCUAGCUGCAACGUUGAUAACGGUUACAAAGACACAAUGCAUUUGCUUUAUUGUACUGUCAACAAAAUACACAAAAACUGGUCUUUGAG